AGGGAAAGUGCCACAAAUGAUUUAGCAUGUCCAUUUUGACCUUCCUUCAUUCUGUGUAAUCUUAAGUUUGUCGAAGUGGGACAAACAUACCUACAGAUUAAAGCUGGAAUGAAAUAUCGUCGAAAUACGGUGCUUCUUAUCAUUAUUGUGGGCUCCAGUUAUUUGUCACGCUGUGUCCUCGGAUUCAAAACUAGACUCUGACUAUCUACUACUAGACUACAAGAAAGAUGGCAGGCUUUUUAAUUGUUCUUUUAGCUUUAGUGUCCGGAUCUUUUGCAUCUCAUCCCUUUUCUUACAGGGACUGUAACCAAAGUCCCAACAAGAUUAUUCAUGUGACCUCUGCCCAUUUGAAUCCCUUCCCUGUCGUGGUCCCCGGGGAUCUGACCGGAGACAUCGUAAUCCAGGCCCCUAGAGUGGUCCAGGGGAACCAUUACAAACUUGAUGUCCAUAUACAGAAACACGCCCUUUUCUGGAUCACUGUUCCAUGUAUCUCAGGCGUUGGCAGCUGCUCGUAUGAUCUCUGUACCCUUUUAUCACAAUUUAACAAUACACAAUGUCCACCACAACUGAGAGCCCAGAACCUCCCUUGCCAUUGUCCAUUCCAACCCGGAACCUACACAAUGACUCCAGCGACAUUUAAAAUACCAGAAAUGAGUGGACUGUGGUCAUGGCUAGCUUCUGGAGACUACAGAGUGGACGCUAAGAUAACAGACACACAGACAGGGGAGGAGGUGGCCUGUUAUCACGUGGAUGUCUCAGCCACCCAGCCUCCGUGUAGCGGAUUUCUCUGUAGCAUCUUUGGUUAGGGCAUUCGAAAGAAUAAAUUAAUAUCCUGAUUUGUUGU